AAAACAAACGAUCAGUUAAGAAGUUUAACGAUCAGGCGCGAUGGGGGCAGCCCUUCGAUAAAUAAAGGGGUCUUCAGAGUAGAUUUGGCUAACAAAGCAGGCUCUAAAAUGUCGGGAGAGGUGUAUCUCCUGUGGCUUCUCUCGCUUUUACAAACGCUGUCGGCGUAUGGUGCCGAUCUGUCAUCAGAGGCAUGCAGAGAGCUGGGCUUCUCCAGCAACCUGCUGUGCAGCUCCUGUGACCUGCUCGGGGAGUUCAGCCUCAACAAGCUCCAGCCUGACUGCGGGCAGUGCUGCCAGCAGGAGGCCCAGAUGGAAGCGCGCAAGCUCUACGCCGGGGCCAUCCUUGAGGUGUGUGGAUGAAAACUGGGGAGGUUCCCUCAAGUCCAAGCUUUUGUCAGGAGUGACAAGCCGAAGAUGUUCAAGGGUCUUCAGGUCAAGUACGUGAGAGGCUCAGAUCCGGUACUAAAGCUUUUGGACGAUAACGGGAACAUCGCUGAAGAACUCAGCAUCCUCAAGUGGAACACAGACAGCGUGGAGGAGUUCCUGAGUGAGAAAUUAGACCGGAUAUAGACAAGUGUAUAUGUUUCUGUUUUUGUAGUGGGUCGGUUCACCCAAAUUACAAUACCUCUGGUGGUAUGUAGCCAUGCAGAUAUUUUCUGUUUUAUGUGCUCGACAUUUCUGCGUCCACCUUCAGGUAAAUGGGAGUCUUGUUUGUGGUGCUCGCAGCACUGAAAAUGUCCUAGUCGCUGUAGAUCAACCGCCUAAAACACUGUCAACAAUUGUCAUUGGAACUUCUUUGUAGUAAAGAAAUAGUCCAAAUGAAAACGGAGACGAUAUUUCUGGAAAUAUUUGCAGCUGUAAACCUGAGCACAACAAACAGUUGCGGCACAAAUUGACAUCUCAGACGGAUCUUUUCAAACUUGAGCAAAACCAUCUGCUUGGCUAGAGAUGAACUAGCUACUGAGAAUUUGGGUGAACCGACCCUUUUAGUUAUUUACCAAUUUGUACACGACUCGGCCUUGAUAGAUGGUUGUAAAAUCAUAUGACUGUUUUUUUUGUAUCUGGAAAUAAUUCCAUUAUUUUACCAAAUAACUUCUGUGACAGUAUGAGAAGACAUAAUCACAAAGCCCAGAUGGGCAGGACAUCCGAAAUAAUGACCAACAUUACCGAUUAGGUUUGAGAAACAAUAAUGCACACCAUUAGCUGUUUUGUCAACCUUUGGGAGUUUACGUGUCCCCCCCCCCCCCCGUCUGUCUGUCUGAUAUUCCUGUAUGAUUAUUUUUUUAUAUAACGCUCAACAUUGUAUAUGAAGGGAUUUGUAGUAAAAAAUGAGUUCUAGUUGUUCUCCAAAUGCAGAUGUCUUUGCCGAAGCACACCUUAGUGACGGCCUCACAGUAAACCACUUGUUGGGAUGUGAGGUCUGAUGUGUCUUUGUGUUUUUCGGCAUCUUCUGCUUCGAAGAGAAACUGGAUUUAUUUUGGAUGCUUGUUUUGGAGCGAGUGAGUUGACCGUUUAAAUAUGCAACAAUAAACAGAGUCUCUGAUGGUU